AUGUCGCAAUUCAUAAAAUUGAUCAAACAUAAAUCCAAUCUCUUAGAAUUUGAAAGAAAUAGAAUUCAAAAUGAGUUAUUUUUAUUUCCAAAUGAGGGAAGUAUAGGUUAUUUAUCUAAACCUUAUAUUAUAGUUAGCGAUCAUAUUUUAAAUCUCAUUGGGAUUGGAACAAAAUUUGGGAAUAUUCAAAUAUGUGGUUCACCAGGUGUUGAAUACAAUGGUAUGUUAACAAGUGAGAAUGGUAUAAACCAUAUGUUUUUCAUUCCUGGAAAAGGAAGAAUUAUUGUGAUAUCUGAAGAUGAAGUCAUAAAUCUGUAUGAGUUUUAUCAAGACAAUUUCAUAGGCAAAAUAAGGCUACUGAAUUCAUUUAACAUAAAGAAUAGCAUCAUGAUAAAUAAGAAUUCUGCUACCAUUAUGAAAAAUUAUAAGAAUUCUAACAAUUUUAUCAUUUCUGCUAUUGGUAAAACAGACGAUUUGAUUACAUUAAAAGAAAUCUUUUACAUUGGAACUCCUUCAGGAGAUUUACACUCUUUUAAUAUAGAUACAUUCCAAAUUAACUCCAAAAAUUUUAUCAUGUCAAAAAGUUCAUUCCAAAAAAUUUUAAACUCUCAUAAAAAUAUAGAUAAAUCUUCUUCGAGUGUUAUAAAAAAUAUUAUUCCACUUAAUCAUCUUGAUAAUUCAAAUCAAGCUUUAUUAUUAGUUGGGCUCAAGAAGUACUUUAUUUUGGUAUGUGACUUUGCACAGCAGAAGAUUCUAUUCUAUUUUGAACAUGAGAAGGAAAUAGAAGAUAUCUCAUUACAUCAUUCUACUCUUCACCAAAAAAAAUUCCCUGAAUUUGUUUCUUCGCAUCAGGAUGGCUCCCUCCUUAUUUGGGAAUAUGAUUCCGAAUCUGCUAAUCAGCUCUUGUCACAUGUCAAUCAAAAAUUAUUUCCUGAAAAUUUAAAUGAACGCAACGAGGAGUGUGAAGAUUUGAUAACAUCCUUGCAAAUUGACCAAUCACCGAUCAAAAUUUGCUUCAACAAAAAUGGCAUCUACCCAUUUGGGACCAAGAACAACAAACCGAUAACUAAAGUAUUAUGGAAAGAUUCAGGAUUACUCAGACCCAACGAAUCGUUUUUAAUUUUUUUGGGCGGAAUGCCAAAAGAUGGUGAUCACGUUGAUAAAUACACUCUCACCAUUUUGAAGGCGGAAUCACCUGCUUCUAAAAAAGAGGCCGACGAUUAUAUUAAUAUUGUUAAUAAUGAUUGUAAGAAAAUUACCACUUCCCUUCAAAACAUUUUCGAAGUCACGAAUAAAAUAGAGGAUUUCUUAUUCUUGGAUAUUAAUAACAAAGGUGAAUAUCUCUUUAUAUUGGCAGAAGAGGAGUGGAUCGCUCUCGUAAAUAAGAUCUUGACAAACCCCGAUUUACCAGAAAAGAAAAACGAAGAGAUAAAAUAUUCAUCCAUAUCGUUGAAAAAUGAGAGCUCCGAAAUCGCUAAGAGCGAAACUCACUUUCGACCUAUACAGACUCCUUAUAUGACUUGUUUGCAUCGUUCGGCUAUAACUGCUUGCCAUAUGGUAGACGAUCCACUAUUUUGUAAUAGGAUUGCUAAAGAAUUUGCUCAUCUAGGCACAGAGCCUUUAAGCGAAUGGCCUAUAUAUGGCACCUAUGAUUUUUGUCAUUCUAUUUCUUUUUAUAGCGAUAAAGGUGGUAAAGACGGAAUUAAAAUACUAGAUCCUAUCAAAGGCCAACACGAUUAUCAAAUUUGCAUUACUGGUCAUGAAGAUGGAAGUGUGAGAUUUUGGCUUCUCUUUACUACUCUUCCGAACGUCUCUCUCCUUAUAUCGACCCUCUACACUGCUCAUUUCAUCCCAUCCUUCCCUGGUCCUUCUCACAUACCUGAACCCGAAAAGCUAUUAUUCGAAAAAUCGGAAUUGAGAAUCGAUCCUAUAGGUUUAUUCGAUCCAUUUUCUGACGACCCCAGGUUGGCCAUUCACAAGUUUGAGUUGCUGCCUAAUAGUGAAAAAACAAAAUGGUCCUUCGCUAUCGGUGGAGCAGCUGGCCAAUGUUUUGUUAUAUCCGAUCUCUUCAAAUUGCUCUCUCUGAACGCUGGAGCUCAUUUUGAUGGAGAAGAAGUAAAUGACGAUAGAGCUCAUAUUGAAUAUCAUUGGAUUAAAGCAGACUUAGUUGAUGAAAGAGCCCAAAACUUUGUUUGGAAGGGUCACACGUCACUUUAUCAUAUAAAUAUGACCGCGAAACCAUUAUUACCAUCAAUCGUCUCCGGAAUUGUCGUAUCCUGUUGUCAAAUAUGGCCACCAGCCGCUAUUACUACUUUGAGCCUUUGUCCUUCCAUGGGAUUAAUUUGUACCGGAACGGCACAUGGAUUCACUUGUUGGGAUUAUAACAACCCAACCGGGACGGCCCUUUUUUGUAGAACAACGCUGAGUCUUAGCAACGAUAUGAUAACAGGGGGUGACAGUGCUUUAUCCAUGAAGAAAUCCCUUAAAAAAUCUCUAAGACAAUCUUUCAGACGUCUUAGAAGACUGAGAAAAGAAAUCCCUAUUAUCCCAAAUGAACAAGAUAAAAUUGCCGAUAAUCCUAACUUGGCCCCUUUAACUCGCCAGUUCUCCGCCCGCAAAAGGAUCAACAAAAAUUCUUCGCUUAAUAACACUUCAAUUUCGAAAGUUGAUUCCGAAAAUUUAUCCAGAAAGGGGAGCAAAUGGCUAGAUUCUGGCGAGGAACGAUGUAUUAAAGCUCGCCCUACCCUUUUCCUCCCUAAAAAUGUUGUCGAAGAUUUAUCCAAUAUUGUCAAAACCCCAAUAAAAUCCAGCAAGAUAUUUAAUGAAACCGAGAACGAUAAGAAAUCCGGAAAUUUGGAACUUCCUAUAUUUGAUAACAAAUCAAGGGGUGUAAUACCCCCAUCUAACCUUAAAAACUCUUCUCCCAAAUUUAAUAGAGAAGUAAGUAACGAUAAUAAAGGGGAAAGUCUUUCUACCGCCAACUCGGGUCUCGUUAAAUGCGCCCACUUUUGGAAAGGAGCAGUUGCAGCCCUGGCGAGUUUACCCAACUCUUCGAGACCUAUCCAGCAAGUGACCACCUUGUGGGUCGGAACCAAUUCUGGAAGAAUUUUUGUUUAUAUGAUCGAAUCUUUAUGGGACAAUGAUUCCUCUCAAGGAAAUAAAACCCUGACUUAUAAAGCCUUGAAAGAGAUUCAAUUGAAGCACGGAGCUCCCGUGAUUCAUAUUCGAGUCAUAGAAUCGAACUCUAAUCACAAUUCCCAUCAUCACAAUGGCAGAUCAUUAUCCAACAGCAUGAACGAAGCAAUGACCGAAUAUAGGCUGUUGGUCGCCAGCGAAGAACAGAUCAAAACUUUUUACUUACCAACGCUCAAACCAUGUCACAAAUACCGUUUAACAGCAAUGGAAGGAAGUUUGAUCCGCAGAAUUUUUUCGUUUGUUGCCACUAAAACGCCGACAACUAAUAAUUCGCAAAAUUUGGACAACCAAUUAGAUCGUUUCCAAGUAAUCGCGGCUUUGACAAAUCACGGAGAAAUAGCUAUUUUUGAAUCAACCAAUCUGAAGAGGCUAUUUUUUAAAGGCUUAUUGAGGAAAGAGGACAUCAACGGAAUUUAUUCCUUAUCUGUUCUCAACGCUGGCCAAGGCUUUUACCUUGAUUCUUCAAAAGAAUUGAGACGUUUUUGUCUCUCCAGGCAUUAUCACACUCGAUGUAUCGAAAGGAAGAAGAAAUAUUUUACGGCUCAAAAUGUAGCGACAGAAGGAAAAGAUGUGAGAGAAGAGAGGGAUACGGUCGAGUUUGAUUUUGCGGUUUUUUAUGAAAGAGAGAUGGAUAUUAUAAACAAGACCAAAACGAGUAAAAGUUUAUAUUCCCAGUUUAUGAAAGGAAGGAAACGGCAAGGCGUCGAAAAAAAUGGAGUAUGCGACAAUUCUAAUAAUAUUAAUAAAAUUGUGAACUCGGAUAAAGAGCUAAAGAGGGCGGGCAGUUAUAGCAAAUUAGAAGCGACCACCGGUGAUAAUAACUUAUUGGCUCCUGUCUUAUUCGAAGCAGAAGACGAUUCUUUUUAUAGAGACGCUCGUUCUAUCUGCCAAAAGAGUUCUCUAGCCGAACUUAAAAAAUCAAUAUUGAAAAAUCAUGUCAAUUCCGCCAUAAAUAACGAUUCACCAAUCGCAGAAAUCUCGAAUCACGUUUCAGCGACUCAUAUUUGAGAGAUCAUUUUUAUAAUGUAUCGUGAACAAAUCGGAUUGGUUGCUACUUUUUAAUCGAGAUAUAUAUAUAAUAUUUUAAAAUCAAUUAGCAGAUAAAAACAAAAAAAAAUGAUAUUUUUUGCUCAUAUAUUAUUUGUUUUCAAUUAUUUGAUAUUAUACUGCAAAAUUUUUUAGACCUAUUGGUUAUGGUGUAUAACCUGACUGCAUUUUAAAAAACUUUUUAAAUCUUGAUAUUCUCUCUAUUUUUAUAUCCAUUCCAUUUAUGAAUAUUUUUUUUACAAUUCCCUUUAAAGUCUAGUAAUUACUGGUUCACUUUAAAUUUUUAACUUCCGUCCCCUUAUAAUAUUUUCCCUUUGCUAAUUUUAGCCACUUUUUUAAAAAAAUCUAUUUAACUAUUAUAUUUAUAUUAUUUAUACAA